AUGAGGAAGAGGAUGCGGCCGUCGUUUUCAGUUCUCUGUGUUUUCGGAGCUGUGCGAGCGGCGGAAGAGGAAGUUUCAAUUUCUACCUUUGGCGGCGGCGGAGCUAGAGAUGUGAACGAGCGAGAGUUGGGAGCUUCCUCGACCACCUUCAAUUUCUCUUCUCCCAAGGGUUGGAAACGGGAAGGGAGAUGUGGCCGGCGGGUUGAGAAUCGCAAUUUCUAG